ACGCAUUUCCCUUCCUCGCAUUUCCCCUUAACACGCAGGAUCCACUCAUAACAUCAAAGCUAGUUCCUCGCCUCUCGGUUUCUUUCUCUCUCCUCAGUCUUCCUUCUUUUCCCGGGCACACCCGGGCCGGCCCCUCCCUCCGCGCCGGCUUGCACCUCUCCCCAGUUGGAUGCACCUGAGGCUGGCUCGGGUUCCGGACGCGUGCGGAGCGCCACCGGGUGCGGUGGAAGCGGAGGCACGCUGACAGCCGCCUCCAGCCCGCGCCUGAGGACAACACGCGUGGCGCUUGCUUCAGGGAUAGGCUCCGCGGCAGCCGCUCACGCCUCGCCUCGCGGUGACUAUCACCACCGAAGCUGCAGGCGGGCAGUUGUGCGCCCCCGGGGCCAGCCAGCCCGGGCGGCCGCCCCUGCUCCUCCCGAUGCCAGGGCCAGGGCGCCGAGCGGCCGCCAGCAGGAGGAUGAAGGGCUCGGCGGGAGGAAGGAGAGAAAAGCUGCUGGGGGCGACGAAAGCUCAGCCCAGCCACGCAUUUCUAAGAUGAUGGAAAGGAAACUAUGCUUCCAUUAAAUAACCACCCUCAGAAGGAAGGAAAAAGAAGCUGCCUGUCUUUGUGGAGGAAGGAGGUGGGCACUGAUGGGGCUGAUCAGGAAGCUGCUACUCCAGCAAGAUUUCACAUGUGCACAUGAUGGAGAAAGUGAGGCUGAAUUUUUACCUGAUGACUUUGAAGAAAAACCGGAAAGAGAAAAGAAACAUACCAAUUUCACUUUGUGCAAUGUUUGUAACAUUCAGCUGAAUUCGGCAGCUCAAGCACAAAUCCACUACAAUGGCAAAUCACAUCAAAAGAGAUUAAAACAACUGAGCAAUGGGAUGCUGAAGAAUGACAAUGGUGGUACCUGCCAGAGCCCUGCUCUCCCAGCCCUGGUCCGUCCACCAGCCCCUCCUCUGCAACCUUCGCUGGAUAUCAAACCCUUUCUUCCCUUUCCUCUGGACACAGCAGCGGCAGUCAACCUCUUCCCCAAUUUUAAUGCGAUGGACCCAAUUCAGAAAGCUGUAAUAAAUCAUACAUUCGGGGUUCCUCUUCCUCAUCGAAGAAAGCAAAUCAUAUCAUGCAACAUUUGCCAGUUGAGAUUUAAUUCCGAUAGCCAGGCUGCGGCCCACUACAAAGGCACGAAACAUGCCAAGAAGCUCAAAGCACUGGAAGCCAUGAAAAAUAAGCAGAAAUCUGUAACUGCCAAGGACAGCGCAAAGACUACCUUCACCUCCAUCACUACCAAUACCAUCAAUACCAGCUCUGACAAAACAGACAGUACCGCAGGGACACCAGCAAUAUCAACGACAACUGUGGAAAUUCGCAAAAGCAGUGUUAUGACAACUGAGAUCACCUCCAAAGUGGAAAAAAGCCCCACGACAGCCACUGGCAAUAGCUCAUGUCCUUCCACGGAGACUGAGGAAGAAAAGGCAAAACGACUUCUUUACUGUUCGCUAUGCAAGGUUGCUGUCAACUCCGCCUCGCAGCUGGAGGCGCACAACAGUGGUACUAAGCACAAAACCAUGCUAGAAGCCCGGAAUGGAAGUGGGACUAUCAAAGCCUUUCCUAGGGCAGGCGUGAAAGGCAAAGGACCAGUUAAUAAGGGAAACACAGGUCUGCAAAACAAAACGUUUCACUGUGAAAUCUGUGAUGUGCACGUCAACUCGGAAACACAACUUAAACAGCACAUUAGCAGUAGAAGGCACAAAGACAGAGCUGCUGGGAAGCCCCCGAAACCUAAAUACAGUCCUUACAACAAACUACAGAAGGCAGCACAUCCACUGGGGGUAAAAUUAGUAUUUUCAAAAGAACCUUCAAAGCCAUUGGCUCCACGGAUUCUACCAAACCCACUGGCAGCUGCGGCCGCCGCUGCAGCAGUGGCCGUGAACUCCCCCUUCAGUCUCCGAACUGCUCCAGCGGCCACACUGUUCCAGACCUCCGCGCUCCCGCCAGCACUCCUGCGGCCAGCUCCUGGACCUAUUCGGACCGCCCACACUCCUGUGCUGUUUGCUCCUUACUGAGUUCCAAAUGGGAGUACUUGUACUGCAAUAAUUUUUCAAAAAACAAAAAACAAAAAAACAAAAGAGAACUAUGCAGUGUUUAUUUAUAGUUUAAAGUCUAUCUGAAGAGCCAGGACUUUUGAUAGUGAAUUGAAAAGAUUAUUUAAAAAAAAAAAAAAAAGGCGGAGGUCUAGGGGUGGGAGGGGAGGGGGUGGUAUUUUCUCCAAAUUAAAGCAUUCCUCUUGAACAUUGAUUGUUUUAGAAGUGAUCUCCAGCAUUGACUUGUAGUGGUAUCUAGAACUUCUGAAGCCUUUGUGACUGUGCUUUUGGGCACCUGUUUCCCUCUGCAUUGUCUUUCCCGCUUUAUGAAACAACUAUACAUUGUAAGGGCAUUAACUGGUUCCAAUGUGUAUAUAUAAUAAUUUACGCUGUAGAUUAAGAUAAUAUGAAAAAAGAAAAAACAAAAAACAAAACAAAAGAAAAAAAAAAAAAGACAACAACAAAAGCAACACUGUGAAUAGUAGUACCCGUGCUGGUCCUCUUGCUAUGACAGCAAUUACUGGGUAUUUAUCCCAACAAAAGUAGAUACAGUAGAUGUCUUGUAAAACAAUAGUGCUGUGUCUCAAUCUAUGCCACUAGGUUUUAAAGAAUUGCAAAAGGUAGAAUGAACAACUAUUUCAUGCCAGUAAGCAGUCAAACAAUACAGAAAUGCCAGAGGGUUUUGUGGAGGUCUUCCUGGUCCACAUUCUCCCCCUCCUAUCCAGCUUGUAGAUGACUUGAGAUUGAGGACAAGAGUGCAGGGCUCAGCAUAGAGGUGGGGGAGAUGAUAAUAAUAAAAGUAAUUUCUUACAAAGUACUAUUUCCCCACCCUGAAGCAGUAUUGCUGGAAAGAGGGAAGGCUUUGUAAUGAAACUGUAUCUGAAAAGAGGUGAAGCCAUGCAUCAUGGGUUUUUUAGAAAGAAUCAGUACAACUGUUCUGUCUCAUGGAUAAGAAAUGAUCAUCACCUAAGAUGAUAAUGCAAAGUAAAGAUUUUUCAUGUUAGUACAUACCCAAAAAAACAAACAAAAAAACCUAGAGAAUAUUGCAUCUCUGCAAUAUCCCCUUUAUAUCCUACCAGUAAGGUUGUCUCUUAGGCAAAGGUUCCUGCUUUGAACAUGAUGAUAGAUGUUAGCUAUUGUUGUGGGCUUUUUCUUGUUUUUUAGAUUUCCUACUGACAUGAUAUAAACAAUUAAUAUAUAUUUAAAUGUUAGUAAAACAAGAAAAAUGAACCUGAGGUGAUUGCAGACCAAGGAUAGAGUGUUGAAAAAAUUCUGGUAAGAUGCACUUAACCAUCAUUUCUCUAGUGGAGUUAUGAAAUACUGGCAGCCUUGAUAUUCACCAGAAGGCUGAAAGGAGUUGAUGUUUUACCUUUAAAACAAGAUUUAUCAGGGGUAUAUAUAAAUAAAUGUAUAUUGUAUAUAUGUUAGAAAGAUUAAGAGAAUAACUUAUAAAAAGAAAAUCUAUAUAAAAUAAUUAUAUAACCAUCCCAUGUUACAUGUUAUCAUUAAGUUGGUAACAAAUGGCAUAAAAAUAGCUGUGCCUUUAAUUUGUGAUAAAGGCUAUUUGCUUUUUCCCAUAGAAAGCUAACGUAUACCUAUCACUAUGAUGGGAUUCGAUGCAGCCAGUCUGUUGCAUUAAUAAGAACAAGGACACUCAAACGUAGAGCAAUGACAAAACAUGUACAAAUCAACCCUACAUGAUUUAGGUUUAGAGAAAAAAAUAUUUUUGAAAAGGUUUUGUAAAGACUAUUUAAAUCUAUAGGGAAGGGCUGGGUAUGGCCUUCCUGAAACUGCUCUUAUCUAAACUGUAGUAACCUUUUUGAGAGGUAAAAAGAUUCAAGAUGAAACCAUUUGAGAGAUAGGUAUUUAGCAUUUGUCAUUUUAUAUUUAAGAAACACCCAUAGCGUGCUUGGUGCUCAACAUUGAACAUGGUCUUUGGAGUUCUUCUCCACCAUCUAGCUAUAUAGACAUUUGUCAUAUAAACAUAUCUUUAAAGCAGUUGGUUUUAUAUAACUUUUGUUAAACAAACAACAAAAUAAGAAGAAGGAAGGAAGGAAGGAAGGAAGGAAGGAA